AUGGAGCUUUUAGUAAACAGUCUCGAGCCUACUGGUUUAUUGGGCUCUGCGUUUGUUGUGUCUGCCGGAAGCUAUCCUCCAAACGGGUCAAUCACUAUUGGUGGUAUAAAAGGAAAAUAUCGCAAUAUUUCUACAGCACUUCUAGAUGUUUCAAGCAAUGUAUACUUUAUCUACGCUGGAACUUACAAGGAGCAGGUGUAUAUCAACCGACCCAAUGUUACGCUCAUCGGGGAGUCUCGCCAAACUACCCGGUUCAGUAGCAACACAGUCCACAUUACGAACAACCUUCCAGCCAGUCAGGCCGGGUCCAAUGAUCUCUCUGGAACCGUUCGUGUCAGCAGCCUCGCGACUGGCGUAAGCCUCUACAAUUUGAACAUAUCUAAUACUUACGGCAAGCCAGUGACCCAGUCUCAAGCAAUCGCGCUGAGUGUUCAAGCCGGAAUGUUCGGAGCAUAUGCUAUCGCGCUGAAAGGGUAUCAGGACACACUACUUGCCAAUGUUGGGACCCAAUUCUACGGCCGGAGCUAUAUCAACGGAGCAGUUGACUUUAUUUUCGGUCAACGGGCGUCUAUUUGGAUUACACGGUCUGAGAUCGAGACGUUGGGCGAUGGAUACAUAACUGCAUCAGGUCGCCUGGAGAAUGACGCUAAUUGGUAUGUUAUCGACCGUACAAAAGUGUAUAGCAAUGGCACUGGGUCGGUAUAUCUUGGUCGUCCCUGGAGAAACUACGCUCGAGUCGUGUUUCAAAAUAGCGAAUUAGGCGCUAAUGUCUUGCCAGCUGGAUGGAGUAUCUGGUCUACUACUGACAACCGAACGAACAUGACUGAUUUUGCUGAUUUAAAAAUACCGGCCCUGGUGCUUGGAAUGACCAACUGCACAGCAUGCAUACGAAAAGAUCUAAAAGCGUAUCUUUUCCACACGUUUCUCUUCAACUUGACCUUUACCCUUACCUGGUUCAAUAUGUCCCGAGCAUCGUCUAUCCUACUCUCAAUACUUCCAAUUCUUGCAUGGUCUGCAACCCUAGCCAACGCAGUGCCUGUAUCGCAGGUCAAUGGGGAAGCUCAAUCUGGCUCUUACAUCGUCGUACUUAAAGAAACGGCCACCAUGAAGACUCACGUCGCCUCAAUGAAGGGCAAAUUCGCAGCGUCCAAAUCAAAGACAAAUUCCCAAGUAACUUAUGAUUAUGAUUUCAUGAACGGCUAUUCGGCCAAACUGGACAAUGAUUCUCUGAAAGACCUAACCCAAUCCCCAGAUGUAGAAAUGAUCAUUCCUGAUACAUUAGUAUAUCCUACUACCGCCAUCCUCGUCCAGAAUGAUGCUCCCUGGGGUCUCGCCCGAGUCAGUUCUAGGGUAAAAUUACCCGAAGGCUCCUCGGCAGGCAGUCUUAACUAUACCUUUGAGAGAAAGCCGUCGCCAGCAGGCGUGGACGUAUACAUACUUGACACUGGUGUCAACAUCCACCAUACAGAUUUUCAAGGGCGAGCCCGAUGGGGCAAGACGUUCGGAACAGACGGAGAUAAUGACCUUCACGGCCAUGGAACCCAUGUCGCUGGCACGGUUGCAGGUAAACGGUGGGGGGUCGCCAAGGCUGCAUCAAUCGUUGCAGUCAAAGUCCUCUCCGACAGAGGGCCAGGGCCAACAAGCAAUAUAAUUGCAGGGGUUACUUGGGCUGUAGCAGAGGCAAGGAGAACAGGUCGCCCUUCUGUGAUCAAUAUGUCUCUGGGAGGAUCAGCCAACGAUGCCCUUGACCGAGCAGUCACCAAGGCUGUUGCUGCGGGGGUACAUGUGGUAGUUGCCGCCGGUAACGACAACGUUGAUGCGAGCGGAACAAGUCCCGCUCGUGCUGAAUCAGUGAUUACUGUUGGAGCAUCGAACAUCACCGAUCAGCGAUGGGUAUCGUCCAAUACCUCGGGUUCGAACUUUGGGAGCUCAGUCGAUAUAUUUGCCCCUGGUCAACGAAUCAUGUCCGCUGCGACGAAUACAACUAUGAACGCGAUAGCCAAAACCGGUACCUCAAUGGCGGCGCCCCACGUUGCUGGGCUCAUCGCAUAUUUAUUAGCAACUGAAGGUCGUCGCACUCCACAAAAUAUGCUGGCCCGCGUCAAGCAACUGGCGCCUGACGGUGUGCUCAAAGGACUUCCAAGUGACACAAGGAAUGAGAUUAUCUGGAAUGGACAGUAG